AUGUUCGCAGUAUUCGAACCUUUAAAGACCUUUUUCAACGAAGCUUGUACUACAUGGUUAAAAAAUCAUCCUGGAAGAACGACCGGAGUGAAUCAUAUCCCCGAAUUAUUUUCAAUUGUAUAUAAGAAAACACCAACGAUUGAAAAUGCGAUAAGUGCAUUUACAAAAACAGGAAUUCAUCCUUUUAAUAAAAACAUAUUUGAUGAAGAAUUGUUUGCUCCUGCACAGACAACUGAUGUGCCAUUGGAGAGUGUAACCGAGAUUGCAAAUGGAAUUUUUGUAAUCGGAAACGAAAAUUCUCAAAAUCUUGUUUCUGCAACAAUGGUUGAAAAUGAUUCUAUCGAAAUAUUGAACCUAUUUAACGUUGCUAAUUUCGAAAACGUUCAAGAUAGCCAGGAGAUAACAAACAUACUAAUUGCGGUUACUCAAGUUUUGCAUCAGGUUACAAAAAAACAAGCUUGUCAAAAUACUAACGUACAUACAACGCAAAACGACUCCCAGAGGCAACGUAAUAAAGAAGUUAAUGGACCACGUGUUUCUCCAAAAGAUAUAUAUUCGGUAGCAACAGCCAAUGAUAAUGGCAAUGAUAAUGGCAAUGAUAAUGGCAAUGAUAAUGGUAAUGAUAAUGGUAAUGAUAAUGGUAAUGAUAAUGGUAAUGAUAAUGGUAAUGAUAAUGGUAAUGAUAAUGGUAAUGAUAAUGGUAAUGAUAAUGGUAAUGAUAAUGGUAAUGAUAAUGGUAAUGAUAAUGGUAAUGAUAAUGGUAAUGAUAAUGGUAAUGAUAAUGGUAAUGAUAAUGGUAAUGAUAAUGGUAAUGAUAAUGGUAAUGAUAAUGGUAAUGAUAAUGGUAAUGAUAAUGGUAAUGAUAAUGGUAAUGAUAAUGGUAAUGAUAAUGGUAAUGAUAAUGGUAAUGAUAAUGGUAAUGAUAAUGGUAAUGAUAAUGGUAAUGAUAAUGGUAAUGAUAAUGGUAAUGAUAAUGGUAAUGAUAAUGGUAAUGAUAAUGGUAAUGAUAAUGGUAAUGAUAAUGAUAAUGGUUGUUUAAAUGAGGAUCAAAUGAAAUAUUUAGAAAGAUUAUAUCCCUUUAAACCAACCGUAGUUUUUUCAAAUGCUCAUCAACAACCGAGUGGUGUUGAUUGUGGAAUAUUUGCAAUAGCAUUUGCAACAUCUUUAUAUUUUAAUAUAAUGCCGAAUACUCUUGAUUGCGUUCACAGCAGAAUGAGGCAGCAUUUAAGCUUAAUGUUUAAAAAGAAUUGUUUAUUUCCUUUUCCUGCAAAAAUAACGUCUGAAACAAGAAACUUAAUUAUUGAAAACGAUUGA